AUGGCUUUCCCCUACAGCAUAGACUUUGUGGAGCCUGAACAGAACGAACAGUUGCUGAAAGAUUUUCAUGGUGAACGUACCGGAUUUGUGCAAGUUGGAGAAAAGCGAUGGUUUUUCCCGUCCCGUUUUAAGCAGUAUGCGGAAAGUUUGUACUCGUUCGAAGCACGAUCAGACGAUACUUGGAUCGUCACCUUUCCACGAUCGGGCACAACGUGGUCGCAGGAGAUGGUUUGGUUGAUAUGCAACGAGCUUGACUUUGACACCGCCAAAAGCAUACCGUUGACGCAGCGAUUUCCCUUUUUCGAGUUCCACCUGUUUGUGCAUGAUGAGAUGAAGAAGGAAUUUAUGAAGGAAAACGCAAACGAUGAGGAAAGCAUAAAAUUCAUCCAUCAGAUUGCUCAGCCCGUCGGUCAGAUGCUGUCGGAAAUGAAGACUCCUCGGUACAUAAAGACUCAUCUGCCCAUUUCGUUGCUACCACCAAGUGUGUUUGAGAAGAAAGCCAAGAUCAUUUAUGUCGCUCGUAACCCUUCCGAUGUGGUUGUCUCCUACUACCAUCUGAAUCGUUUGUACCGGACCCAGGGAUAUGUUGGAGAUUUUGAAACAUUUUACAACUAUUUUGAGAAGGAUUUAACUCCCUGGUCACCGUACUGGACCCACAUUAAGGAAGGUUGGGAAGAGAAGAAUCGUGAAAAUGUGCUCUUCAUGUACUAUGAAGAUAUGAAACGGAAUCUGCCUGAUACCAUCCGCAAGACGGCUGCGUUCCUAGAUAAAUCGUUAACCGAUGAGCAAAUCGAAACCAUGUGCACCCAUCUGGACAUUCGAAACUUUCGCAACAACAAAUCGGUCACGUGCGAGGAGCUAAAGACGGUUGGUAUCCUGAACAGUGGCGAGCAGGGAUUUGUGCGUAACGGGCAGGUACGGGGCAAUGCGGAAGAGAUGACCGACGAGAUUAGACGGCGGAUUAAUGAAUGGACCGAGCGCAAUUUGGAUGGAACCGAUAUCAAAUUCCCGGACUGUUAA